AUGAUUUUUAAAUAGAACUUUGCCUAUUAAAUCAAUCUUAUUUUGUAGUGAUUUUUUUAGAUGAAUUGAUGUUCAAGUUUAAGUGAAAAUUGCGCGCGCAGAUGUUCAGAAGGACCGCGUGGUGUAAAGAGUUUCGUUUCACGGUCGUUGUAUGUGUCAAAUUUCAAGUUUGAAAAUUGAUUAUGUUUUAUGGUAAACUUUUAUAAAUUUUAUGUAACAUAUUAUGGUCCCUAGGAGUGUCAAAUCUACUCAUUAGCAAUGGUGAUGUUUUUAUAAUAAAUUUAUUGAUCAAUAAUUGAAUCAUUUGGAAAAAAAAAAAUUGUAUCAUUUCGUAAAAGGUAUAAAUAUCAUUCCUUAUAUUGUUAUGUACCAAUAAAUAGAAAAGAGAGUGAAAAAAAAACUAUAAGAAAGUGGUCGGUGAAGAAUGAAAGGAAAGUAGUGGAACAACUACCCAUACAAUACUGAGGACUAUCAAUAAAUGUUUGUUUAUGCGAGCAUAAAAUGAGUAACAGUUCAUUACAUCAGUAAGCUAGUGAAAGAAUUAAAGUUGAAACGUAAAAACCAGAAGAGGAGCAAGUUUCAUAAAAGAGAUAACAAAAAGUGAGAAAGUAAAGAGCAACAAAGAUCUCAAGGUCGUCGGGCUCACAUAACGUGGCUUAUUAUUUUUUUUUUCUAAUUUGUCUGUAACUUAUAAUUUAUUAAGUAUCACACUGUGUUUUUUUAUAAUCCUUAUUUUUGUUUCAUAUUUUUGUCUGGGAUAAAUCUUUGUCUUCCAGCUGCAGGCUUAUAAUUUUUCAUUCAAUGUCAGAUUUAGAAUUGAAUUUCCUGCAAUAAAAUAAACCUCAAAUGAAAUGACAACAUUCGUAUAUUUAUAUGUAAUCCAUUGACGUGGAGUUAAAUUUAGUUAUUUGCAUUUAUGUUAUUUAAUUUAUCAAUGUUAUUUUCAGUUCGAAUGAAAAAACUCAAAAUGUUUCAUGGAGAUAACUCGGAAGUUUUAGCGCAAUCAUUGCUAUAAAUUGAACUUAAGGAGCAGUUGGCCUACUGGUUAAUCAAUCGUAUUCUUGGAGAUAUGACUAUUGCAAGUAAUAUAGUUGUGGAGUGGCUACGUUCACUCCAUCUUUGCCAAUAUUCUGAGUCAUUUAUUGAUAACGGUUAUGAUGAUUUAGAAAUAUGUAAGCAAAUUGGUGAUCCAGAUCUUGAUGCUAUCGGUGUGUUCAAUCUAAGUCAUCGAAUGCAGUUACUCCAGUCAGUAAAAACAUUACGAGAAGAGGGUGCAGCGAGUGUUUAUUUUACAUUAGAAGAGACUAAUGAUUAUAUAUGUGAUAGUGUAAGUUUGAGAUCAUCGAAAACAUCUUCUGAACCACCAGCAAGUGAUAAAGAAAUCCAGAGAAGUUCACCGACUGCUAGUUUAUCUAGUGGUGGUCAGGAAUUGGCUAAAUUUACCGAUGAAUAUGAAGAGGGUAAAGCUGAACUUGUUAGGAUACCAAGGAUGCAGCUGAAAAUAUUGCUACAGGAAAAAUUAAGGCAUGAUGGUAUUCGACUUGCAUGUCAACCUUAUACAACACCGGAAGGUGAACAAGGGUACUUGGAAGGACUUGCAUCAAGAUACGCGGAUCUUUUUCAAACACAUUAUGGUGACGUCCUGGAGCCUCUCGAAGAACUACGGCAACGAGAAACAAAUGCAUCGCCGAAAAUUCCAAACACUCAAAUUACUACCAGUUAUUCACAGACUAUUUACGUGCCUGGGAAAUAUUCACCUUCAAGUUGCUUAAGUGACAAGGAAGAAGAUGAAAUUUACGGAUUUGGCUACGGUGUAUUUGGUCGUCAGAUGCUUCAACAACGACAACAAAAACUUGUAUUAGCUACUCAAACGACAAAUUUUGAUUCAGGAGGAUACCAGCAAACAUACCAUAGUUGCUUGAGCCCAAGAUCUGCUUUUUUUUAUGAAUUUCCACCAAACGAUCAAGACCUGAAUACGAGUAAAAAGAAAACAACUUUUUCCCGUUUGUUAAAAGGACUAAAAACAAGCAAAAAAGAGAAGCAGAGCCAAUCACAAGCUUCACCAAAACACACCGGACGAACGAAAAUAGGUGUUCCUCAAAGGGUAGAUACACCAGACAGCGUACUCCAAAGUGGACUUGACUUAGGUCCUGAAAUGAGUCAUACUGUUCUUCGUUCCAUUGUGGACCCAAAAGAUUUUGAUAGGCUAAGAUACUUCCAAAUGAAUAGUGGUCAGUCUAACAGUUUUGAAGAAACUAUACAUAGGUUAAAAAUGCAGGAUGCCUUGAAGCAGAAAGAACGCUUUCAUAGAGAGCACGAGGAGAUUUUACGAGAUAUAAGACAAGGCUUAAUGCAGUUGGGCUGUGAAGGCGGUAACCAGCUUCCCAGAGAUGACACGUAUAUGUACGAUGAAGACGUAAGAUAUGGAGGCUUGAGAGAAGUUAGUACUGGUGGACAACACUGGUAUGAUGAGCCUCCGUAUGAAUCGGAUCCUGAUGAUUUCCUCAUGGGAGUUUGUGGUGAAUCUGUACCAGCAGCUAAAAUCCAAAACGGAAGGAUUUGUUUCACUCUCAAUCUACAACCUGAUAAUUGUAACGAAGGAGUCAUAUCUCUUCGAACAGCUGGAGACAUCAGUUUAUCACGUGAUCGAAGACAAAAGAUGACAUCCGCAACAAUGAGGGGUUUAAUUGUACCACAAGGUCAUAAUAAUCCUUUAACUAUAAUUCCUUUGACACACUCCAGAGGAUCUUGUGGAAGUGGUGACUACGCAAGCAGUGAUAUUCAAUCAGAAGCAAGUGAUUCACUGGAGAGUAAUAGCAUGCAGAUUGGAAUAGCAGGGCAUGCAAAGAACUUACGUUAUGACGUACAGAGAAAAAUUGCAAAACUGAAGCAGGAUCACCCUUCAUCGGAAGCAUUUCCAUGUAGUACAAGUAGUAUAGAAAGUCUCCCUAGUGGAAGUGGGUCCAGUAUGCAAGCGUUAAUACGGGCUGAUAGUGACCAUAGUUCUGUAUCAUGUGACGACCAUGAUGCAGUAAGCCCAACGUCGAUUGGACCAAUACUUUGUCGAGCACGUGCAAUUGUGGAUUAUACACCAAGCCCUUAUGACAAAGAUGCUUUGAAAUUUAAGAAAGGUGAUGUAAUUGAUGUCAUCCAGAUGAAUACAAGUGGCCAGUGGAAAGGAAUUACGCACAAUCGAAUUGGGUUUUUUAAAUUCAUAAAUGUAGAAAUAUUAAAUGAACGAGUAUCGCGUUUUAAUGGCGAUACUGAAAAAGCAAGAACGAGUCGAAGACCUCGACAUAAGCCGAGGUCAGUUCAAGAGCUUCUGCAACGAAUGAAUCUUCAGGAGCACAUACCUGUAUUUGUUUUGAACGGUUAUGAGGAUCUUGAACUCUUCAGAGAACUUGAAUCAGCAGAUCUUGAUUAUUUACGUAUUCUUCAGCCAGAACAUAGAGCAAAAAUACUUACAGCGGUGCAAUUGUUAAAUGAUUUACAAUCUGGAAGUGAAGGUGAUCUAGCAUCUAGUUCUGAAGGCGAUGACAUUAGUCGUAGAACAUUAUCAUCAUGUCAUAAAUCAGGACAGUGUUCUCCAUUCACUCGAAGACAACUUUCUCGAGAUUCUGGUUGUUUCGACGAUCGUAAAACUCUGACUAGAAAGUUAAUCAAUUUCGAUACAAGCAAGCUAGCCCGUGAAAACAAUUUUAAUUCAUUAAUAUCCAUUAACAAAUGUACGGAUGUAAAUAUCUUAUCUGAAGUAUGUGGCAAAGAAGAUUACGACCCAAAUAUUCCUAACAGUGUCAACAGUAACAGAACUGUGAUGCAACCAACAGAAGAAGCAUUUGAUAAGUCACCACAAUCACAUAAUAAUAGUGGGAUUGUAAAAUUUGUAGCGAAAUCUGAUAAUUUAAGUGAAUCCGUACUUACUGGAAAUGAUAAAGAAGCUGAUUCAACAUCUGUUGGUAAAAUUGCCGUAUCUAAAUAUAUUGUUGGUACGAGUAGUGAUCUAGGACUUGUCUGUGAUAGUGCGAAUGCUAUUAUAACUCUUGGUCAAAAAAGCUGCCUCAGUGAAAAAUCAAGUGAUUCUGGUGUUAGCUCAUCUAGUAUUAGUUCGGUUCCAUUAAUAAGAGACAAUAAAACAUUUUUUAAUACAGUUGUAGAUUCGCCGACCAAAACUAUAAAAAAUUUAAUACACGGUACUAUUAUUGUACAAGGAUCUACACCCAAAUCUUCGAACAAUCAGAUAAUCCCAUGAAAAAUUAGUUAUUGCUUUCCCAACAUCAAGUAUAAAUUUCAUAAAGAGUCCAAGCCUCAAAAUUCUUUUUAUAAAUAAAAAGAUCAUUUUCUUCAUUUCUUCUCAUCAUUAGAAUAUGUAUUUGACUGUGGCAGAAAAAAUACUUUUGUUUCUUUGAUUAAAUACAUCUCAAAAGUUACG